AUGUGCAAUCGCUCAAUCAAGAAAUCUAGGGCAUAUAGCCUGAUUAGUUCACCAAAAUCCGGCGGAGGGGAGGAGCUCUCUGUGGAGGAGCGCAACCUGCUGUCCGUCGCCUACAAGAACGUCAUCGGCGCCCGCAGGGCCUCGUGGCGGAUCAUCUCCUCCAUCGAGCAGAAGGAGGAGGGCCGCGGGAACGAGGCGCACGCCGCCUCCAUCCGCGCCUACCGCUCCAAGAUCGAGACCGAGCUCGCCCGCAUCUGCGACGGCAUCCUCGCCCUGCUCGACUCCCACCUCGUCCCAUCCGCCGGCGGCGCCGAGUCCAAGGUCUUCUACAUCAAGAUGAAGGGUGACUACCACAGGUACCUUGCUGAGUUCAAGUCUGGUGCAGAGAGGAAGGAUGCUGCGGAGAGCACCAUGAAUGCCUACAAAGCUGCUCAGGACAUUGCUCUUGCAGAUCUGGCUCCAACCCACCCCAUCAGGCUUGGCCUUGCUCUCAACUUCUCAGUGUUCUACUACAAGAUCCUGAACUCCCCUGAUCGUGCCUGCAACCUUGCAAAACAGGUUUGCUUCUUCUCCUUCUAUCCCCCCUUUGUGAUUUGCUUUCAUUUUGAGACCCUUUGUGAUUUGUUUUAAUUUUGAGACAUGAUGUCUCCUAGAUUGUGUGUAGCUUCUGGGCAACGGAUUGAGUGUGCAUAAACAGCUCCUGUCUCCAUCAGCUUAUGUAGGGGUUUGGUUGAUUCAA